AUGAGUUAUAUGCCCUUUGGAACAGGAAUGCCACGAGGAGGAUUUGGAAUGAUGCGAGGAGGUCGUGGUGGUCGUGGUGGGCGCAGAUACGUCUCUAAGCCUACUAAUAAUCCUAUGGAUAUACCUUUUGUUCCAAUUCCGGAAGACGCACCAGCCAUUACCUUAACCAUCGAUCCGGACAAUUUCAUCUGCUUCCACGGGUUUUCCAGUGUUUUCACAACACAGCACACUUUCCCUGUGUUGAUUGAUGGCAAGAUCUACGAAAGUGGCGACCACUACUACCAAAUCCAAAAAGUUCACGAUUUAUGCGGGACUGUCAGCGAUAAGUUAACUGAAACAGUAAGAGAUGAGAACGGUCGCCGCCUCGAUGGAAAAGUUGGCUUCAGCGAGCACAGGGACAAGAGCUUCAGUCAGAUUGCUAAGGAAGUGAUCCGACUCAAUAAUGUAGAUAGGAAGAAAGUCGACGAAUGGCGAUAUACAAAAGGUUUGGAUGCAAUGCAGAAAGCGCUCAUGGCAAAGGUGUCUCAAUCUGUGGUUCUUCGCCAGGCGCUCUCAGAAAGCGGGAAGAAGAUUUUGGUGCACGCCUUCCCUGGGGACAGCAUUUAUGGUGCAGGAUGCAGACAAGCUCAAGUGAAAAAAUGGUGUGAGAGUAUGAAAGCGAAUGGAGCAACGACUAUUCGAAUCCCAGCCACAUUUCCUUUGACGUCUGAGACCGUUUUCAACUGUCCGAACUUUGCUCAAGGUCGCAAUGUGCUAGGAGUCAUUCUAAUGCAGCUAAGAGAGAUGUUGCGCGAGAACAAAGUACCAAUCGUUGACUUGGGUACUGUAUUCGACUCUCUACGCAUCGGAACGAACAACGUUUGCGAUGCAAGCAUGGAUGAUCAGGCGCUACGUUUCAUCUCUUAA